AUGCGUUACUCAAUUGCAAGCCUGGCCUUGUUGGCUGGAUUGUCGGCUGCUGUGGAUCCCGUCGAAGUACGCGGACAGGACUUUGUCAACUCUGUCAGCGGAGACAGAUUCGUCGUCAUUGGUGUCGACUAUCAACCUGGUGGCCAAGGUGCCAUCUCGGCAGAUAACGAUCGAGAUGUUCUCAGCGAUGCUGAAGCCUGUACUCGCGAUGCGGCCUUAAUGCAGAGUCUCGGUGUCAACACGAUUCGAAGCUACAACGUGGACCCUACUCUCAAUCAUGAUGAGUGUAUGUCCAUCUUCAACGGCGUGGGCAUCUAUGUUAUUCUCGAUGUCAACACCCCCUUGUACGGACAACACAUCGACCGCAGUAACCCUGCGAGCACAUAUACUCGCGGCUACCUUGAGCACGUUUUCACAGUGAUCGAAGCCUUCAAGGGCUAUCCCAAUCUACUGGGUCUUUUCGGAGGUAAUGAGAUCAUCAACGACCUGGAGACUGCCGACGAGAACCCUCCAUACAUGAGAGCAGUCCAACGUGAUAUGAAGGACUAUAUCGCUGCUCAUGCAGACAGACCCAUUCCGGUCGGCUACUCAGCUGCUGAUGUCCGAGAGUUCACUGAAGACACUUACCAUUACCUUGCUUGUGAUAACGGAGAUUCGAGUGCGUCCGACUUCUUCGGAUUGAACUCGUAUUCAUGGUGUGGCUCGGAAUCCAGUUUCGAGACUGCUGAGUACGAUGUCCUUGUCGACAUGUUCUCUAACGCAUCCAUUCCCGUCUUCUUUUCCGAGUACGGCUGUAACGAUCCUAGCCCCCGUGUCUUCGAGGAAGUCGAGGCAUUGUACAGUCCUCAGAUGACAGUCAUGUCUGGAGGUCUUGUUUACGAAUGGAGUCAGGAAGACAACAACUAUGGACUUGUUGACAUCUCCUCCAACGGUACUGCCCGUCUGCGCUCGGACUAUAACAGUCUUCAGGAGCAGUACAGCCGGAUCAACGUUACACUUCUCGAAGCAAGCAACGAUACCGCCACUGCCAUCACUGCACCACGCUGUUCGUCCGAUCUCAUUGAAGCGGAUGACUUCAGCGACGAGUUUGAUAUUCCUUCUCGUCCCAGCGGUGUUGACGCACUGAUCUCCUCUGGUAUCUCCAACGCCCCCACUGGGAAUCUGGUUUCUGUGACUGCGACAGCAGUUGCUCUUCCUGUCUACGGUGUCGACGGCGCUUCCAUGAGCAACCUCGCCAUCACCAUUACCAGCGAAGCAAACUACCCUGUGGGAACCGCCGCAAGCAGAACAUCAAGCAGAUCUGGUUCUCGCUCGGGUUCAUCGACAGCCUCUGGAGCCUCUGCCACCGCUUCCGAGACUGGAGCCGCUAACCGUCUGUCCGGUGCUGCUGUACUUGCUCUGGGUGCCGCGGUCCUUGCACUAUAG